ACUAAUGUUUGACUGUGCAGGUAGUUUCAUGUUGAGACUUCUGUGUGACUUACAGAACUGAAAAUGUGCAGCGACCAAAAGACCCUAGAAGACAAUAACUGUCGCUCCACUCGGCUAUGUCACACAGAUUAUGGCACAAUUUAAUCCACAGGGCCUCCUGCUAUUAGUUGUGUUAGUUGUCAAAUCAGAGUGCAUAGAUAACUCACCAGUCACUGAGUAUGUGUCUGCCUCGCAAGAAGAAAAUGUGGUUCUCCCUUGUUUUGAUUCAUAUGUGAUGGAUCCAAAAAAUUGCCAAAGAGUCAAACUGAUUAAGUAUGCCACAGAUGCGAGUCAGGAGAAGGUUAUCUUUGCCAGGCCGAAAACACCCAAAUUCCAGGAUGCUAAACGUGUGAAACUGGAAGCUGACAGAAAUGGACAAAUGUCUCUUAUUCUGACAAAAUCCCAAAAAUCUGAUGAGGGACUGUACAGAUGUGAAAUCUGGCAAGGGUGGAUCUGUGUUCUUGUCAGAAACAUAUCUGUUAAAGUAAAAGACUGCAGUAAACAUCCACCAGUGAAGGCAGUGCCUGGCACUCCUGUUACCCUGAACUGUCCAGUAAACAUAACAUCAGGACAACAAGGACCUCAAAACAUCACCUGGGCAUUGGAGAAAGGAGGAAACCCUGUAUCUGUCAGCUCUAACAGGGUUGUAAUCAAUGGAACGUCAUUAGCUGUCCAGUCUGUGGAUUACAGUGACAGUGGUUGGUACAGGUGUACAUACAAGCUCGGACAAACUCAGCGCUGCUUUAUCAUUAACCUACUGCUCCAAGAGGAGGAAAAUGUUGUUAUGACCACAGCGGCUCCAGCACUAACAACCAGUGAGAUUAUUUCAGAAGCCCCGGAGGAGAGGCGCAGCGGCACAUUCACUGCAGUUGUGGCUUCAGUCAUCACUGGGACUGUCAUAAUGGCUGCACUGAUAGGACUGUUCAUUUACCGCAGAUGUAACAACCACAGAGUCACACAGCACACCCAGAGAAGCCCUGCAGUGUCUACUCCUGGUUAUGAGUUUGUGAAUCUUACACUUUCACAGGAUGACACAACCCGAGUCAACAGCAUAUACCAACACAUCCCAGAUGAAGGCCUGUGUACUUUCCAGUGUUAAUCAUUGUCAGUCUGCUCAAGACAAAGAAGAUUUUCCUCAUAAAAUGUACUGGCUAAUUUGGAUACCCUGCUUAGAUUUAUGCAUCAUGUAAAAACAUAUAACAUCUAACGUGAAGUUUUGCAAGAAGAGUCACUUACAUAGAGGACCAUGGAAAAUGUGUACACUAGCGCAACAUGGAAAAUGUUACCUCUGUUUUAAGUUAAAGACUCCUCCUCAUUACCGUUUUUGUCUAGAUAUCUAAUCAUCUGUAUUAUCUUAAAUGAAAUUGAGAUAUGUUAACAAUCUAAUCUUUCAGUAAAAUCUAUCCAAUAUGUAAAUAUCUGUAGGAAGAUGAAUGAUCAUGAGGAAGGAGUCAUGAACACUGACCAACUAUUCUGUCUGCUUCAGGCAAACAUUCCCCUUUAAAACAGUUUUUACUGAAAAUAUAUUUUAGUGGAUUGAUGGUUGAAAUCAAUGUUAAGAAACAUGUUUGUUUAGUUUACAGCCUGUAAUAAAUCAUAGAAACUCUC